CAACAACAAUAGCCGCCGUGUGGUUGUUAAAGCAGACCAGACUAAGCCAGUGCCGCUGUCACGUCAAUUAAUGGACAACUAAUAUUAAAUAGAACAGAAAUUAACUCUGGCUAGUAAGAUGAACUUCCCGCUGUCGAAUGCCAACAAGGAUACGCUGCGAGCGGCCUGCAAGAAGUGCGGCUACGCAGGUCACCUGACUUACCAAUGCCGCAAUUUUCUCAAGGUGGAUCCCAACAAAGAAAUACUGCUCGAUGUGGAAAGCACCAGCUCGGACUCGGAACUCGACUACUUGACACCGCUAACAGAGCUGCGGGCCCAGGAGCUCAAAGGCGCCGGCGGCGGUGGGGGCGACAUUGUACCAGCUGCAGCGGCAGCAGCAGCAGCAGCAGCAACAACAAAAACAACUGCAAGCAAGCCAGAUAAGAAAAGCAGCAACAAAUUAAGUAGCAGCAAACGCAGCAGCAGCAGCAGCAAAACAGGCGUCACCUCAGCGACAAAGCACACAAAAACCGAACGGCACAAGAAGCGCAAGAGAAAGAGCAAGAAGCACAAGGAGGUGAAGAUAAAGGCCAGCAGCAAGGAGUUGGCCAAAAAGCAUAAGAAUAAACGCAGCAGCAAGAAAUCAAAGCGUCGUCGAGCUGCCAGCACCAGCAGCAGCAGUUCCAGCAGUAGCUCAUCCACAUCCACAUCGGACAGCGACUCGUCGAGCUCUGAUUUGUCCAGCAGCGAUACAGAAUCGGAUUCCAGCGACAACGAAGAGUCCAGCACCAGUGAGUCGGAUGAGUACGGACGCAAAAAGAAGCGUCAGGGCAAAUACAAACGCAAAGCGGAGACGUCAGCGCCGCGCCGCAAAAAGGCAAAGGCCAAACGCAAGCGACAUCGUGUCGGCGGCGGCGGCGCCAGCGGCGCCGGCAAUGGACCAGGCGCCAGCAAUUACCUCAGCAGCCUCAGCGAUAGCAGCACCAACUAGCAACGACUACCCAAAGCACUUUAUGGCAUUUAGUUUGUUUAACAUAUUAGUUAAAAGGAAAACAAAAGAGAGGACGAGUUGAAAAUAGAGCAACCUAGGCUAGUUAUAUACGAUAUAUAAAUACAUAUAUUACAUCUAAAGCCAAUGUGAGCACACCUGGCGGGCAGUCCAGCUAAACUGCGCUUCCUCAAUUGACAGCAGACUGUUCCCACACACACACAAGCACACACACACACACCCUCACAGACACACACACAUUUAGACUUGUCUUAGUGUUAAGUUAACGAUCCUCCUAAAAAUGUUUCCAUUAUUUGCAAAUACAACAAAUUAGAAUGUACAAAUUUGUUUAAUACAUAAAUCUACAUCUACAUAUGUA